CCAUUUGUCUUUCUUUUUGUAUUUUAAACGUGUGAGGAACAAAGCCGACGAAAUGGUUUCUCAGGGGAUUCAGAUCAUUGGUGUGUCGAUGGCUAUAAUUGGCUGGUUCAUGGUCAUCGUGGUGUGCGCCUUGCCCAUGUGGAAGGUCACUGCUUUCAUUGGAGCCAACAUCAUCACGGCUCAGACCAUCUGGCAGGGCAUGUGGAUGAACUGUGUGGUGCAGAGUACAGGCCAGAUGCAGUGCAAGGUGUACGACUCCAUGCUGGCUCUGCCCCAGGACCUGCAGGCAGCUCGUGCCAUGAUCAUCAUCUCCAUCCUGGCAGGAAUCUUUGGAGUGAUCUUGUCAAUCGCUGGUGGGAAAUGCACUAAUUGCAUCGAAGAGGAGCGAUCCAAGGCAAAGGCUUGCAUUCUGGCGGGAGUUUUGUUCAUUGUCUCGGGGUUGCUCUGUCUCAUUCCAGUCUCCUGGUCUGCCAACACCAUCAUCAACGACUUCUACAACCCGCUCAUAAUCGAAGCCCAGAGACAAAGCCUCUGCUUCACCAUGGGGAGAAUUGGCAAGGAAGUGGCAGGUCAGACCAUAAGCUUCAUAGGCCUUGUUGGGGUGGCGGUGACCUGUGGGAUCCCCAUGUGGAGAGUAACUACCUACAUUGGAGCCAACAUCGUGACAGGCCAGAUAGUGUGGGAUGGUCUGUGGAUGAACUGUGUAAUGCAGAGCACCGGGCAGAUGCAGUGCAAGCUGAAUGAUUCUGUUAUGAGGCUGUCCAAUGAUCUGCAAGCCGCCCGAGCCCUGGUCAUCAUCGCCCUCAUCUUCGGCUUCAUCGGCUUCAUAAUCACCUUCAUUGGAGCCAAGUGCACCAGCUGCCUGACAAAAGAUUCAUCAAAGGCCAAGGUGGUGAUCUUGGGCGGCUGUCUCAUCAUUGUUUGUGCCAUCCUGGUCCUGAUCCCCGUCUCCUGGUCUGCAGCCAUCACCAUCACAGACUUCCAGAGCCCCUUGACCAUUGAAACACAGAAGAGGGAACUUGGAUCUGCCAUCUACAUCGGCUGGGGCUCUGUUGCAGUUCUUCUGGUUGGUGGGAUCAUCCUAACUACGUCCUGCCCUCCUCAAAAACCCAUGUAUGGAUACCCAGGCUACCCAUCAGCACCAAUGUUCCCUUACGCAGGUCCAGUGGCACACCCGGCAACGUAUGGCCCUGUGUAUGCUCCCCCAUCCAGCCGACCAUACACAGGCACUGGGACAUACGUACCCGGCAAACCGUAUGCAGCACCAGCCACAUACUCUGCUGGACAGUACCUCUAAAAACUGAAAGGACAGAGAUUUCUGCCAUGAUGGCUUCAAGAACUUAUUAUGCCAUUAGAAAGUAAAAUUGCACCAAAAUACACAUUAUAUUUCUAGAGGAUGGUAUGUAUUCCAAUACAUUGUUGGGAUUUAAAAUUAAUUAACUCAGACAGUCACUGUGACCUUUGAUUAUUAUGAAUCUUUUAUAAAAUGUUUUCUCUUUUGGAUUGAUUUUGUGCUCUAAAGUAGAAAUCUUUCCAGUUCAUGAAGUCUUGUUAUAAGAGGAAUAUUGUGUCAAUAUGGCUGUGAAGAUUGCAUUGCUUUUUCAUAAGGAAGUCAGUGUCGAUGUAUUUAUUUCCUUGUCAUACAGAGCAGAGUUUGUAAAUAGUGAUGAUUUGUGAUGUGUUUAUUUUCUGUAAAUGCCACUUUAUUUUUGAGAUUAUUCAAAAGAAUUUCAAUAAAUCUUUGUAGCAUA